AGCAGAUGUCAGGUGAUCCACCGACUACUGCGCGUAGGUUGGACUGUUAGAAAGACACAAAAUGACAUUUUGUAAAUACAGGAGCAUCAUUAUUGGAUUACGCACGGUCGAAAAAUGCACCGCGUUAUGUCAACUCGUGUGAUGAUGCGCUAAAUCACUGGGGGAUCGAGGCGUCUAUUCUCUAUUUAUGAUCAAAGAUCAACCGUGAGCGCCUGGCCACAUCAUGGGGCUUUGUUACAGCCUGCGCCCCCGUAUAUUUGGGGAUCUAAGUGGAUCCAUUUCCAACGCCAACUCGGAGUCAGAUCACCAGCCUCCCGAUCCAGGGACGUUAAUGAUGCCGUCCUGCGUGCGGGGAUCCCGGCGGGACGAGGACUCUGGGGGGAACAACGGGAAGACAUCCUCCACCUCUCCAUUACGCACCGGGGACGCCGGCGAGCUGCGCCGUGGAGACGCGGACCGAGCGCUCAUCCAGAACGGAGGAGGAGGUGGAGGAAAGAAGCGACUGCAGCUGCUUCAGACUCCAAACAGCGCCCAGAAACAGAAGAACUGGGAUAAACUAGUGGUGGUCGAGGAGAAGGAGGCCGAAAGGGAAGCCAGGAAAGUCAGUAAGAACAUUGACAGGGCCUUGAAGGAGCUCAAGCGGGAAUAUAAACAGACGCAUCGGUUGCUGCUCUUAGGGGCUGGCGAAUCGGGCAAAAGCACUAUCGUGAAGCAGAUGAGAAUUCUUCACGUCAACGGAUUCAACGCAGAAGAAAAGAAACAGAAAAUUCAAGACAUUCGUAAAAAUGUGAAGGAUGCCAUCGUGACUAUAGUGUCGGCAAUGAGCACUUUAAUACCACCCGUUCCGCUGGCUAAUCCGGAGGACCAGUUCAGGAUCGACUACAUCAAGAGCAUAGCGCCGCUCUCUGAUUUCGACUACACGCAGGAGUUUUUCGACCACGCAAAGAAACUCUGGCAGGAUGACGGAGUGAAGGCGUGUUACGAGCGCUCCAACGAAUAUCAGCUCAUCGACUGCGCGCAUUAUUUUCUGGAUCGGAUCGAUGCAGUGAGACAGAGCGACUACACUCCAACAGAUCAGGAUUUGCUACGCUGCAGAGUUUUAACAUCAGGGAUUUUCGAGACGCGAUUUCAAGUUGACAAAGUCAACUUUCACAUGUUUGAUGUCGGGGGUCAGAGGGACGAAAGAAGGAAGUGGAUUCAGUGUUUUAAUGAUGUCACGGCGAUCAUCUUUGUGGUCGCGAGCAGCAGCUAUAACAUGGUGAUUAGGGAAGACAACAACACAAACAGACUACGGGAGGCGCUCGACCUGUUUCGCAGUAUCUGGAACAACAGAUGGUUACGGACAAUAUCUGUCAUAUUGUUCCUCAACAAACAGGACAUGCUGGCAGAGAAAGUAUUAGCUGGAAAAUCCAAAAUUGAAGAUUAUUUCCCCGACUACGCUCGGUAUACCAUACCAGACAAAGUAAUUCCUGAGCCUGGAGAAGACCCCCGAGUGACAAGAGCCAAGUUUUUCAUCCGCGACGAGUUUCUGAGGAUCAGCACUGAGAGCGGAGAGGGCCGUCACUACUGUUACCCCCAUUUCACCUGUGCGGUGGACACGGAAAACAUCAGGCGGGUGUUCAACGACUGCAGAGACAUCAUCCAGCGGAUGCACCUGCGACAGUACGAACUCUUGUGAUGUCGCCGGGACCCGACCCGACCCGUCUCCAAACUCCCCCUGCCCCGCCUACACCGGCAGACCACGAAUACUACUGAUGUUUGGAAGACCACCCUUCUGUCCUCGAAUUGCUUUUUUGGGGUUUUAAACGGUUCUUUGAGUGGGUCGAGUUUUGGACGAGACUGGGAUUCUUCCCGGCGUUUUUCAGUUCUUUUCGAAUCUUUGUCGCCUUUAUUUUCGCCAUUCCACCCAGCCUCUGGCUACCUCCUUGCGUUUUACCCGAAUAAAAAUGAUAUCGUUGUGUAUAUACGUCCUGCCGCCUGACGGUUUAUGAAGAUCACCUCGUGACCUCCGGGAGCCCUAGUUUUGCACCCUGAACCUUGACCUUCUGACCUCUAAGGCUCUCUGCUGCUUUCCGUGUCCAGACACUGAAGAGCGCCCGCGGGGUGGGGGGGGGCAGGGGGUUGCCAGACGCUGGGACGAGGAGAUAAAGACCACGACAUGAAGUAACGCACUUUUCCAUCCAGCUUUGACAUUUUUCCUUUCACGAGAUGGACACAAUGUAGCAUCGCACCAUGAAUUUCUCUGUCCCGCUCACGUCCUCUUGAACAGGAAGGGGUGGAGCCGUCGUGACGCCGGGAAGCGGCUCUGGCAACAUAAAGACGAGCGCUUGUCCCCGGUUCUUGUUUCAGUUCUUAACUUGUACGGACUGUGCAAGGGUGACUUUUCUUUCCUGUACAGACUAUAAAAUGUUAUAUUAUUUUGUACAACUUUAUUGAAAGAGAGUAAAAAAAUCUACUUGUAGAUCUUUGUGCCUUGAUUAUGGCUGUACCUGUAAAUGAAGCUGAGAUCUGUUUUUUGACUGCGCUGUACAGCUUGAUGUCACCCCGUCAGCAGAAGGGACUGUGGAUGGGAACCUAAUCUGUAGAGUUUCGUUUCUUUUCCAUGCGGUCAUUUGUUUAUCUGCUUUGUUUAUAUAAAACGACAAAAAGUUCUUUAUUACAAAAAAUAAUAAAUAUAGGAACAGAAAAUCCUAAAAGCCUGUAUACAUUAUGCAAAUCGACCCCUUACUUGCGGUUAUGAUCAGACGGAACAGCACCACGCCUUUCUUUGUCUCUUUGUUUUGAUUUCAUUUGAAUUCUCAGCUUUAACAAAACAAAAAUGGAAGAAAAAAAAACAAGUUGAAGUGUCCAAAGUCACAACCUGGUGUUGUUUUCAGAGGAACCUUUUUGGAUAUGAAGUAUGUCUGCGAUAUAUAUAUUCACGUUUGUGUGUGCGUGCGUGUGUGUGCGUGUGUGUACACGUACAGGAGACAAACAUUGAGCCACAGACGCAUGACAUUUGUAUGUUUCAUGUGCGCGAGCGUGUGGGUGCGUGAGCAAGAGUGCGUUGUGUGCACUCGUUUAUAAAUGUGUGUACAUGUAAAUUUAUAGGUCUAUAUAAAUAUAUAUGUACAAUUCUACAUGUUUAAUUAUGUGUGUGUUGGUGUGUACAUACCUUCGUGUGUAUACAGUGAGGAUGUGUACUUACACACAUAGGUAAGCAUGUCCAGAGUGAUAUGAAUAAAUGAGAGUGCAAUAUUGAA